CCACUAUGGUCAACAUCUGCCAGAAGCUGAGCACAGAAUUGCACUGGAGGACCUACAAAUGCCCAGAGAAGGAACUGCUAGGUCCUCUAGUGAAGCUUUUGAUGAGAGCUGACCAUGGAGUCAUGCGGGAGGACCUAGAGAUCCCUAAAGGUAAAGAUAUUCCCCAUCGACAAGGUUGUCAAGUUGUGUCCGACCACAGGGGGUGCUGCUCAUCUCCGUUACUAAACCGAUGAGCCAGUGUUGCCAGAGACUUCUCUGUGAUCAUGUGGCCAGCAUGAUUGACAGGACGCUGUUUACCAUCCUAUUGGGAAUAGGUACCUAUUUGUCUACUUGCCUUUGCAUGCUUUGGGACUGCUAGGUUGGCAGAAGCUGGGAGUAGUGAUGGGAGCGCACCCCAUGACUCUGGCCUCGGACGGCCAGCCUGCUGACCCCUCAAUCCACAGAGCCAGCGCCUUGACCACUUGAGCCCCUGUGUCCCAGAGAGAGAUUCCUAGAGAACGUAUUAAGCAAAUCCAUUAAUCAUCAAAGCUGUAAAGCGGAGAGCUGUCUCUACAGUCCCUGAAUCCUCCUCCCCUCUUUCCCUUCAACUCCCUUCCAGCAGCAAGGCCACCUCUCUCCUUCCUUCCCACUGGAUUCCUGCCUCCGGGUUUUCCACCCUGCCCUCCAGUUCCAUGGCGCUCCGCACUCCGGGUUUUCCCUCCCUCCUUCCCUCCUCCCCUUCAGGCCCCGCCCCUCGGCUCUGGUUUCAUCCGCCGCCGCUGCUACAGGGACCCCCAAGAUGGAAUCGCAGGGGCUGCCUGCGGCGCUGGAACAAGGAGAAGAAGAAGACGAAGAAGAAGACGAAGAGGAGGAGGAGGAAGGGCCCGAGCCCGGCGCCAGACAAGAUGGCGGCCGCCUCCGCCGCGCCCCUCCCCUCAGCGGCGGGCAACGUCUCUCCCAUUCCGCGCCCAGCCGACGACGGCCUCAGCAGCCGCGGGACCCACCUCCGGCCGCGGGAGCCUGGGGCCUGGACAUGACGUUCCCGGUGCUGCUGCUGCUGGAGGGGAAGAAAGUGGCGGAAGCAGAAGCGGCGCCAUCGCCAUCGCCCCCUGCUCCUGCUCCUGCUCUGCCUCAGCAGCAGCCGCCAUUGCCUCCGGCGGAGAGCGACGCUGUGCUGCUGGUGGUGAACCUCGUGCGGGGAGGAGCCCCAAGAGAAGAGAAGGAGGAGGAGGGGAAGGAGACGCAGACGCAGCCGCCGCCGCCUCCGGGGGGCCAGGGAGGAGGGAGCGGGGCUUCGGGGGAAGCGGCCCAGGAGGAGGAGGAGGAGCCCGGGGGCAGCGCAGCCACGACGGCGCCCUCCUCCUCCUCCUGCUCCUCCUCGCCGCCUGCUGCCUCCUCUUUUUCCGGGACGCUGACCAUCAACAACCAGAGCCUGCUGGUGCGCUUCGAGAACGGGCUCCUGAGCCUCGGGGCCCCCCUCCAGGCUCCGGCUCCGUCUCCUUCCCCGGCCGCCUCCUAUCCCUGCCCCGAGCCCAGCUGCCCAGAGGCCUUCCCCCGCAAGCAGCUCCUCCGGCUCCACGCCAUGACGGCGCACCAAGAUGGCGGCCGCGGCCAAGCAGCGUCGUCGUCGUCUUCAUCUUCGUCGCCUCCGUCCGCCGGGCGGCCCUUCCGCUGCCCGGUGCCCGGCUGCUCCUGGGCCUUCGCCACGGCCUACAAGCUCCGCCGCCACCUGCACUCGCACGACAAGCUGCGCCCCUUCCCCUGCCCGGCCCCCGGCUGCAGCAAGCGCUUCACCACCGUCUACAACCUGCGCGCCCACGGACGCGCCCACGAGCAGGAGGCCGCCCACAAGUGCGAGGCCUGCGGGCAGAGGUUCCCCAGCGCCGCCCGCCUGGCCGCGCACCAGCGCCGCAGCCACCUGGAGCCCGAGCGGCCCUACCGCUGCCAGUUCCCCGGUUGUGAUAGGACCUUCAUAACAGUGAGUGCGUUGUUUUCUCAUAAUCGAGUCCACUUCAGGGAGCAAGAACUGUUCUCCUGCUCUUUCCCAGGCUGUAACAAGCAGUAUGACAAAGCCUGCCGAUUGAAAAUCCACAUGAGAAGCCACACAGGAGAAAGACCUUUCAUCUGUGACUUUGAAGGUUGUGGCUGGUCCUUCACCAGCAUGUCUAAGUUAUUAAGACACAAAAGGAAACAUGAAGAUGACAGGAGAUUUACAUGUUCUGUAGAAGGCUGUGGAAAAUCCUUCACGAGAGCUGAACACUUGAAAGGCCAUAGUAUAACUCAUCUUGGUACAAAGCCAUUUGAGUGCCCAGUCGAAGGCUGUUGUGCAAAGUUCUCGGCACGCAGUAGUCUGUAUAUUCACUCAAAGAAGCACCUUCAAGAUGUGGACUCGUUGAAGACCCGUUGCCCUGUUUCCAGCUGUAAUAAACUGUUCACAUCCAAGCAUAGUAUGAAAACUCACAUGGUCAAACAACACAACUUUAGUACAGAUCUCUUAAAUCAGAUGGAAACUCUUGGUUCCCUAACACCUAGCAGUGAACUCACCAAUUCAGGACAAAGUGACCUCAGCAAUGUAGAUCUUGUGUCCCUCUUUUCUAGUGUGUCCGGGAACACCUCUGGAAUUUCAACUGAUAUGGCUCUGAUAAACUCUGGAAUUCUCACUAUAGAUGUUGCCUCUGUGGGAUCCACACUUGGAAGCAAUCUUUCCGUUAGUAGCAAUUCUCUUGGUCAGACGGUUGACCCACUGAUUUUAGUGGCUGGCAGUGACAUUCCACACAGCCUGGAUAGCUCUCUUUUGUUGGGAACAACUGCCACAGUUUUACAGCAAAGCACCUUAACUUUGGAUGAUGUACAGACAGUAAAUGCAGAAGCUUUAGGCUCGUUAGCAUCUUUGUCUACAAAGAGUUCCAAUCAAGACCUGCACGGUUUGCCUUCCAGCAAUAACCUCUCUGUGGACACAGCCACUUUAACCCCGUCCAGCAGCCUCAGUGGAAACAGUGGAUCUGAAUUACUGGCUCCAAGUAAAUCAGAACAGACUUUGCUUCCUAGCCUGGAUGUUGUGGGACAGCAAGAAGGCAGUAAAGUGGUGACUCAGUUUGUGUUCUCCAACCCUCCAGGAAGUUACAGUGCACAGAAAGAAACUGAUCUGAGCACCGUGACUGGCAGCUCCUUUCUGGAGAGUGGUGGAUCUGCAAGAACAGAUUAUCGAGCCAUUCAGCUUGCUAAGAAAAGAAAACAGAAAAGAAAUGGGAGUGACAUUGGGAGCCCUAACUCUGCCCUAAGAAAAGGCAAAAUUGAUAAAAUUAGUUCUUGUAGCCAUGGAAACCGGUUAUGCAACAGUGUUUUGCCAAAUGGAAGUCUAACUGUGAGAGAUGCAUCAGCUGGUACACAGUUUGUCCAAAUUCAGCUGCUUCAGGAUGAUUCCCCAGGAGAGGGAGAUCUGCCCUUUCAGCUCAGUGCUCAGUCGUCCACUUCACAUUCUCAGCUGACAGUGGACUUACCUGUUCAUAUUCUUCAGGAGACACACAACUCUGCUGAAGAGGAUGCCAGUUCUGAUAAUUCUCAGUUUACAGGAAGCACCAUUAAUUUACAAGACCUUGAAUGAAUUUGUUGGGGGGAAAGAUAUUGAAGUGCAGCAGAAUCUUGAAAAAUAGGCAACUGUUUUUUCUUCUACAAAACAAAGUGGGAAAUUGGGAGCAUGCACACACCAGUGCUGCCUUGUGGCUUGCUUGAUGAUUAUUGUGCAAUGAUAUUCAGUAAAUUUUAUUUGAUAAGA